AUGGGUGUAAACAUCAUCAAAAAAGCAGUUCGUCAACCAAUCAGCACUAUUGUCAGGAAUGCCGGAUUGGAACCAGCUUCCACAGUUGAGAAGAUCCUACUGAAUGACAAUACUGGUUACGGAUACGACGCACUCAACGACAACAAUGACGACGACUUCAGAAUGACAAGUUUGUCGACAUGUUUGACGCUGGUAUCAUCGAUCCCACAAAGUGUACGUGAACAUCCAGAGUCACCUCAUGUCGUUCAGGUUGUGCGAACGGCGUUGCAAGAUGCCGCAGGUGUAGCUUCGUUACUUGCUACGACGGAAUGUGUUGUUAAUGAAUUACCUAAAGAGGACCCAGUGCCAGGCAUGGGCGGUAUGGGAGGAAUGGGUGGAAUGGGCGGAGGAGGAAUGUUCUAA